AACUCAUUAAUAUGCUAAUUAAUAGAGCGUCGUCUAGCAAGCAUAUAAAUAACUCGAGCCUUAUUUUGACUCCUAUUGUUUUCACCAUUUCGAAAAAUGAACUUGAAACUGUUGCUUGCGGUAGUAGUUUUCCCCGUCUUCUUCUACGAAUCCACUGCAUUUGGUUGGGCUCUACUUAGAGGCUUAAAAGACAUUUUUUGUGGCCCAAUGGCGACAACAACAACGACAACAACUCCACCACAAAUCUUCAAUUUGACGCAAAACGCCACGGGCGCCUUGGGAUUUAUUGUGCGUGCUUUGUCCGAUGCAAGCAGCGGAUCUCCAGUGAUAUAUGCACCCAUUUUCAACUGGGCGCAAGUGCCGGCGAAUGAGACGAGUUCUUGAUAAGGCUAUAUAGUUUUUGCAUUUUUGAAAGUAAUUUUUUUAAUGAAGUGUUAAUUGCCUAAUUGAGCCAUAUUUGUACACUUUCCUAUUUUACAAACAUUUUCAUUAUUUGUGUGGAUAAUUAAGGUCAUGAGUUGAGGCUUGUUUAAUUAAAAUGAUGAUUCUUAGAUAAUUUUCAUGGCUUAUGUUUGCUCAGAGAUCAGACCCUUACAGGUUUCCUCCACUCACCACUUUGUUUCAUUUUUUCAAUAACGCUGCUCAACAAAUCUGAAGGAAAAACUUGCGACUGAUUUGAUAAGAG